GUGUUCGUGUUUUGUGUGCAGGUCACGACGCAUUGUUUCGACAUAUAUAAUUUUUCUACUGCAGAGUCGUUACCCUCUGAAUGACCUCGCCACAUGCUCUCUUUGAGUUUGACGCUCAAGCGGAGUGCAGCCUUUAACCAGAGGGUGGCGCGCGGCCACAAUCUUUAACCGAGCCUACAACAGCUAGUUCGGUAAAACUCUAGUGGCGCGCUCCCGUCUCCAAACAAUUCCACCCUUAUUUCCUGCUUAUGUGAGUUUACCACUGGAGGUCACAGAACAGGAUUUACGACUGGUCAACAAAAACACGUGACUUUAAGCCGUACCCCAUAUUUGGGAGCCUACGUAAGGGAGCAUUAAGUCUGUCUCACUCAUUUCCAUAAUUCAUCAUAAAUUGUGCAAGGGUGCAAUAGAAGCUCAAAACCAUCAAGAGAAACAAAUCAAACACACACGAUAUUGUUCUCUCCACAACAGAAGUUAUAGUGAUUAAAAUAAUUUUAAGGUAAUUAUUGUCAACCAAUGAGCUCUUAUUUUAUGAACUCAUUCUGCGGUCGCUAUCCAAAUGGCGUGGACUACCCCUUACAUAACUAUGGAGAUCACAGCUCAAGUGGCCAAUACAGAGAUUCUACGGGCAUGCAUGCGGAUAGGUAUGGCUUUGGCUAUAAUGGAAUGGAUCUCAGCACCGGGCGCUCUACCACCGGACACUUUCUAUCGUCUGGUGAGCGAGCUCAAAACUACACAGACAGUCCAACUUCGACGCCUGUCCGGUACAAUCAACCGGUUACCGCGAGCAGCGUUGAGUCCCAGUCGCCUUCCUCUGACCCUCUCCCCUGCUCGUCCUUAGCCAAUUCUCCUGUCAGCACGCCCCCACAUCGCGCCCUGAGAACCUCACUACCGAACAUCAGUGGCUCUGUGACCAACAGUGUCGGAGCUAUUCUCAGUUGCGAGGACAUUUCUAAAGCGUCCAGCACCAUGGAAGAAGAAAAGCCAGAGGGAAGUGCGCAGACAGCCUCACAGAAUGUUUCCGACACGCCGCAGCCACAGAUUUAUCCAUGGAUGCGAAAACUUCACAUAAGUCAUGACAGUUUGGCCGGACCGGAGGGGAAAAGGGCAAGGACAUCCUACACACGAUAUCAGACACUUGAGCUUGAGAAGGAGUUCCACUUCAACCGGUACCUGACACGUCGCCGACGAAUUGAGAUUGCACACACGCUCUGUCUCUCGGAGAGACAAAUCAAAAUAUGGUUUCAAAACCGCAGAAUGAAAUGGAAAAAGGACAACAAAUUGAAGAGCAUGAGUAUGGCAGCUGCCGGUUACCGGCCCUGAGAAUGUAUAUUUACUGUAUGUGUGCAUAAAAAUAUUUGUGUGUGUGUGUGUGUUUCCUUACCAAUACGUUUGUUCCUCAUAACAGAGGGCAUGAAGGUUAUGGGCUUUUCCCAUUUCGUGAAAGACUUUCUAUGCACGACACAUGGAAAGCCCUGUUUUUCGGCUUUGGCCAGAAAAAAAAAAAUAAAAAAAAAUCCUCUCAAUGUUUUCAUGAACUGUUGCUAGUGUGUGUCUAUCUUUGCACUGUCUUAGAAAAACCACCUGAAGGUGUAAAUUAAUUCGUUCUGACGAAAAAUGCUUGAAGUUUCUGAAAGAUACAUUUAAGAAUUUGUAAAACGUUUAAGUUGGACUUUUACAAAAAGUCUUCUGAUGUGUAAAUAUGCAUUUGUAUAUUAUGUAUUUAUUUUAAUUCGAUAUCUAAUGUCGAGUGGAUUUAUUUUGUUGUCAAUCUAAAGUUGUAAUUGUUUUGGCUGUGCUGUAAUGUCGUCAUUGUGUACUGUUAAAUUAGUUCCGUUCAAACUUGUCUGCAUAUUUGUGGGUCGUGACCUCAUUUUUACUUGAAUGUGUGUGUGUGUGUUUUACGAUUUCAAAUGUUGGACAACAUGUGUUGGACCUUUCUCGUGAAUGUUGAAUGAUAACUGGAAUUGAAUGAUACAGAAAUCUCUAAAAACUGCUAAUGGUGAAUAAAAUGGUCAUGACAAUAAAAUUUUACUUUAAAUAUUAGAUCUCAGUAUUGUCAGGUUUGCUUUUUGCCGAGUGUAAUAUGUAAGUCAUUGUUGCAUGAAUAGAAAAUUAAGUGUUAUGCAGUUAUUUAAUUUCAAGUUGAUAAAGAGCACUGCUCUGCAGGAAAUGAUGUCUUUAUUCUGUAAAUGUUUGUUUCUAGUAUGGUCUCUGGCAGUUCAACAGGUAUGAGACGCAUUAAUAACCAUUUUAACCGUUGUGCAAGGGGGCACUUAUGAUCCCCUUGCCAACCUCUCAGCAGGCGUCAACGCCCAAACUCUUGUUUUCUCCGGAAAGCUGGACAGAGUUUUGAGAUUCAAACU